UCAUAUGUUUAUUAUACUUGUAUAUUUGUUUUUAUCUCCUCCUCAAUUUGAAAAAAUGAAUUCAGUCGAGACCCACAAUUGUGGAUUUCGAAGGAUGUCUAACACCUUCCCUUCGGAAUAACUUGAACCCCUUACCUAGAAUCUAUUAGUUUCGUAGAUAUUUUUUUAAAAGUUAAUUAAUUAAUUAGUUUCCUAGUUUUUCCUAAAAUUAGGUGGCGACUCUUUUUUAAUCACUUUUCCCUUUUUAAAAUUCUUUUAAAAAUAGAUAAUUAUUUUUUGGUGAGUCACCGCGUCGUUGCGCCCUCUCACGGGAUGACAACAUUGAUUAAAGUCAAACUUAGGUCUUAACUUGAAAGUUAAAAUGCCUAAUCACAUGUUCUCACAGUAAAAGCCUCAACCAUGUUACUAGUCUAAAAUGACCCUUUCGGAGCUGAUGAAAUUGUCAGAAUUGAAAUCUGAGUUCAUCUUCGUGAACUUAUGAUAAAAAUGAUCAUUCAAGGUUCAAAGGCUCCAAAACACAUAAAUUUGCAUAUCUCGACGACGAACAGAAGAUAUAAACACAUAAAUGACUUGGGAUCACUAUAGGAACACUCUAAACAACGAACAUAAGACAUAAACACAUACAUGACCUGGAGGGUCAUUACACCCAUCCCCCUAGGUCAAAACUAAACUUUCUUCGAAAAUUGAAAUACUCAUAGCUACAUAGGUCUUAAACAUCAAAUUUCAUCAAAAUUGAAAUACAAAUCUCAAAUUUCCAUAUUCCUAGUUUUGGGAUUGAAAUCCCCAAUCUUCAACCCAAGACAUGAAUUAAAUAAGAAUAAGGAGGUUAGAUUGGUACACCCACGACAAAUCUCAAAAAUAGCUCCAAAAUCAUGUCUAGUGUAGAACUCAAAAUAUGUUAUGAAAUGCUUAAUCCCGAUUUAGGAAAAAAAACUAAUAUUCUCACAUACCCCUUUCGUCAUGAAUCAUGAUCGUGGAACCCACCUUGCGAUCGCGGCUCCUAAUCUCUAUACGAUUACAAUAAACUUGUUGAGUGAGUCGUUUAAAUUCUACACAAUAUUAGAUUCGAUUUUAAACUAAGGGUGUGUCUGGUAUGACGUAAUAUGUUUCCAUGAAAAAAAAAAUGUUUUUGUGGUUAUUUGGAAAGGAAAAGAAAAAAAAAAACAAGUCCCGUGGUUGGACAUAACAGUUCAUCCAUGAGUAGUCAAUAUCUUCUACUUUCCGCCAUUUGGCCUAACUUUUUGUAGAGUUGAAGCAACUUUCCACUAUUAUCUCCCGUUGACCUCUAUUAAGCAUACAUAUUGGAAAUACUUGUAAAUGCAUUGCAUCACCCUUUUCUCUCCUUGUAUAUAUAAAAUGGAUUUUGCACCGUUCCCAUGGCUUCAAAUUGUGAUACCAUGAAAAAUAAAUUGUUAGGUUGGAAUUGCCUAAUAACUUGUGCAAUUCUGCUUUCCGCUGCUUUGUUUAUAAGAAGCACCUUCAUCAUCACUGAAUGUAAAGAGAAAGUAAUAGGAUGGGAAAUGGUUGAAGCCUUCAGAAUGAGGAAACCUAGAUCGAUGUGUGAGGAUGAGUGCAGGCCUGAAGGAAGUGAGACAUUACCCAGAGGUAUUGUGGCUAAGACCUCUGAUUUAGAGAUGCAUCCGCUUUGGGGUCCCCUCAAUACAAGGAAAUCAAAAUCACCAAUGAGCUUACUAGCUAUGGCAGUCGGAAUUAAGCAGAAAAAGAAUGUAAAUGAAAUUGUAAACAAGUUUCCUCAUACUGAUUUUGUCAUUAUGCUUUUUCACUAUGAUGGCCUCCUCGAUGAAUGGAAUGAUCUUGAAUGGAGUAGCACUGCUAUUCACAUUUCUGCUAUUAAUCAAACUAAAUGGUGGUUUGCUAAGAGGUUCUUACACCCAGAUAUUGUUGCAGAGUAUUCUUACAUAUUCCUCUGGGAUGAAGAUCUUGGAGUUGAAAAUUUCAAUGCUGGACGAUAUGUAUCAAUAAUAAAAGAAGAAGGUCUUCAGAUAUCACAACCAGCAAUCGAUGCAGAUACUUCAGAAAUUCACCACAAACUUACAGCACGAGAAGAGGGAUCAAGAGUGCACAGGAGGACAAUAAACAUAAAGGGUCCUGGAAGGAGGUGCUACGGAGACAGUACUGAACCUCCAUGCACUGGGUGGGUGGAAAUGAUGGCUCCUGUUUUUUCAAGAGCAUCGUGGCGCUGUGCCUGGUACAUAAUUCAGAAUGACUUCGUUCAUGCAUGGGGGGUGGACUUUCAGCUUGGAUAUUGUGCGCAGGGGAACCGAACCACUAAUGUUGGGGUUGUUGACUCAGAAUAUUUGGUUCACUAUGGUCUUCCAACACUAGGUGGUGCAGAAAAUGAGAAGAGUAGUUUAGAACAAGGAACAAAUCCUAAACAGGAAAGCUCACCAAACAAAAUGGGACUGCCAGAGUCUCAUCCAUCUGAUGCAAGAAAUGCUGUGCGGAAACAAUCUCUUGCAGAAUUGGAAAGAUUCAAGAAUAGAUGGAAAAAAGCUGCCAGAGAAGACCAAUGUUGGGUUGAUCCCUUUCAGCGGCCUGUGAAACAAAAAAAGUGACUGAAGGGGCUGCAUCUUCAAACUUAAAACUGAUACACACAAG